AUGCAGCAGGCCGGUUACAGUGAGGAAGAGGAAGUGUAUCGGGCCUACGAGAACAUGGCGCCGGAAUACCGGCUGUACAUUAGACGCCAUGAGUUCACGACCCUGGCUCAGUUGACACAGAUGGCGACAGAGCAUGAGAGCGUGAGACAACUGGAGUCAAGCCGCGUUGGAGUGUUGCGAAAGAUGGGCAUGAACAAUGAGGGUCCCAAUAUGCGUCGCACCCCAACUCCGUUUCGGAAUCCCGGAACACCCCAUCAUGAAGUGGGUGCUACACACCGUAUGCUCGUGCAGCCCGGGGCAACCGUAGACGUGCAGCGCGCGUGCCGCCGAUGCGGGGAAGUGGGGCAUUUCCGGCGGGAGUGUACUGGCCCACCAGUGGACUUUUGUUGGGAUUGCGGCCGUAGAGGGAUCUUGAAACGGGACCGGGAAACGGACAACGUCUUCGCCGAGGCCCGGGAGCAGCGGAGACGUUGGGAGAAACAACCCGGCCACACACAACUCGCAAUUGAGACUGCACAAUGGCCUGAUUACGUGCGGAUCGGCGGACGAUGGGUGGACGCGACAAUUGACACGGGAGCGUCGCGGAGUUUUGUCAGUGAGGAAUUCGCCCGCAUGGUGGCCAAACGAGAAGAGAUCUAUGGAAUCACGACCACGAUCGCACUGGCGGACCGAUCGAACUUGAAGGUGGAGGAGCUAUGGCGCACCCGGGUGGAAUUUGCUGGUAAACAGGUAACGAUGCCAUUUUUGAUUUUGCCCACUAUGUUAGACCGCAUGAUAUUGGGUAUGGAUUUCUUGGCCGUGAUGGGGACACGAAUACAAUGCGGGACAGCGACUCUGGCAAUGACGUUGAGUCCGUCGGCGGAAGAUGCCCGACUACUCCCGAGUCAAGCGGAGUCGAUCCCGGCCAUGACGAUAAACACAGGGAAGCUGGAAAGGAAAAGGAAAACAGCACAGACGAGGGAAGAAUCUAGCUUCAAGAGUCCGAAAAUGGAUCAGGCGGAGGUAAACGAGGCUCCGUCAAACAACAGGAUCAUGCAUUCGUUAGCUAGUUCUGAGAUGACAAGGUUCAACGAGUCACACGGCCAGGAGGCGGCGGCACAGGAAAAGGUGCCAGAGAUACAGAGACCGAACGAGGACUGCGAAACGGAAGGUGGCCAACCAGAGACGGGAACGGAUGACUUAAGGCCCGACCAACGGGAAUUCAUCGCUCGUGAGUUGGCACUCUUCGAGAAACUUCAAGGAGUAUCCCACGUAGCGGAGCAUCGGAUAGUCAUGCGCGACGACAAGCCCGUGAAACAGAGAUACUACCCGAGGAACCCAGCGAUGCAACAAGUGAUCGACGCUCAAGUAGAUGAACUCCUCCGCGCCGAUGCUAUUGAACCCUCGCGAAGUCCUCACAGUGCCCCGAUUGUGUUAGUCAAGAAAAAGACGGGCGACUGGCGAAUGUGUGUAGAUUAUCGGCAGUUAAAUGCCCAUUCGGUGCCGAACGCAUACCCAGUCCCAAGGAUCAACCAUAUUCUGGAGAAAUUGCGACAAGCGCGGUAUAUUUCGACGUUGGAUCUCAAACACGGCUACUGGCAGAUACCAAUGGCUCGAGACAGUCGCCAAAUCACCGCCUUCACGGUCCCAGGUAGAGGCCUAUUUCAAUGGAAGGUCAUGCCAUUCGGACUCCAUUCGGCCGGCGCAACUUUUCAACGGGCCUUAGAUAGCGUUAUCGGCGCAGAUAUGGACCCGUUCGCCUUCGCAUAUCUGGAUGACAUAAUUGUCAUAGGCGCCACAGAAGAGCAGCAUCUGACUAAUUUAGCCGAAGUCUUCCGAAGAUUGCGGAGGGCUAAUCCCCAGUAG